AUGUCUGCCCGUCUCGCCCGCUCUGCCUUCCAGUCCGCCGCCCGCCGCGCACAGACCACCCUCUCCUCGUCGGCAAGCAGCGUAUCCAGGCGCACCAUGUCGUCUGCUUCCGGGAAUGCAAAGUCAAGCGACACCCCCUGGAUCGUUGGCGCCACCCUCGUUUUCGGUCCUGCCUUCCUCUACCUCGUCUCCCCCACAGGCAGAAACUCUACCAAGAGUGUCCACAACGACCUGAAAGAGCACCCCACUCUUAAGCGCCAUGACGCCGCGCCCCACAAACCUGAAGAAGUCGCCGCCGCCGCGCCCGUGGAGAUCAUGACAGACGACGAGGGCACGGAGGCAAAUGUUGGCGCCACCAUUGCGCUGUCGCAGGGAAGCGAUGUCCCUAAAGAAUCUCAGUCGCCGGAGAAACAGGCUGAGCUACUCACUGACGCCGAAACGGCUGGUGUCCCUAAGCAAAAGAGCGAGCCCGCCAGUGCACCCGCCCAGGAGGGUAGCGAUGGUGAUGCCCACGAACAUAUACCCAAAGCUAGCAGCUUCAAAAAGGAGGGCGAGGGAGGCCCUGUCGAAAUGGAAGUUCCCGAGCAGAAAGCUGUGGAGGGUGUCACACCUUUAGAUAACGCGAAGGAAUCGAAGGAGGACAGCGCCUGA